GGGAAUGACGCUCCUUGGGACGAAAUGCAGCCGGUGAGGACGUGGCGGCGGAGACAGAGACUUGGAGCUGUAGUUUGGGGAAAAGGAAGGGUUUCUAGACGCCUAGGGAAGGCCUCAGUCUUUUUGAUCAGGAACUGUCGGGUCUCCUGUUUGCAGCCCCGGGGUUUUUUUCCCUCGAGACCAGGCCACAGUCCGGCAUGCGCGUUGCCUGACAGUGAUGUUUAACGGGGUGGGCCCAUGGUGCCUGGGGGUUGGAACUUCCCAGGGAGCUAGGUUUUCCAGCAGUUUCGGCAUGCCGAGCCUGCAGCGGAUGUACUGCAACACAGAGGCCCAUGGCCGUUCGGCACGCAGUGGGAAAGGCUGCAGCCCCAGGAGUAGUAACUGAAAGAGGUGCAGUUCAUUUUCAGGGAUUAGCUGGAAAUGAUUUGGAAACAGGAAACUCUGGAAACAUCAGGUUAAGAGCUUGAUUCAUCAGGACCUGAACAUCAACAGUCUUUGAAUGUGGAUGGAGAAAUACUUGUCUGAACUGUCCACAGGUGUGGCUGCAAAAGCACUGAGACACGGACACACAAAUAAGAGUGUUGCAGUGAAUGAACUGUGGAAGGAUCUGGAAGAAUAUUUCAAAUAUUGGUGCGGCUGAAAAAGUACUGAGACACGCAGGUGUGUGUUCCAGUGCACUGACUGUGGAACAAAAAGGUGUCACACUGCUCACAGCUGAGAGAAACCAUAAGACUCCUUUCUGCAUGGAUGAAGCAUCAACGGUUCAUCCAAACUGGAGAGAGACAAGCAAAUGUGCACCAUGGAAAUGUUUGGAAUGUGGAAAGAGAUUCAGAUUCCCAUCCAAGCUCGAAAUUCAUCGACGGAGUCACACUGGGGAGAGACCAUUCCCUUGUUCUGUAUGUGGAAAGAGAUUCAAGAAUGAAUUUCACCUCAUUGCACAUCAAGUGGUUCACACUGAAACACGACCCUUUAAAUGUUCUGAUUGUGACAAGAGCUUUAAAAAUGCAGGAGGUUUACUAGCUCAUCAGCGAUUUCACACAGUAAAAAGGCCCUUCUGCUGCACUUACUGUGGAAAAGGAUUCACUCAGUCAUCCAGGCUGACUGAGCACCAGCGAGUUCACACUGGAGAGAGACCAUUCAUCUGUUCUGAGUGUGGGAAGGGUUUCACUUGUUUAACUAGCCUCAAUUCACAUCAAUUUGUUCACUCUGAUAACAGGCCAUUUCAGUGUUCUUGCUGUGACAAAAGCUUUAAAAGUACUGGUGACCUCCUACAACACCGACGUGUUCACACUGGGGAGAAGCCAUUCAUCUGCUCGCAGUGUGGGAAACGAUUCACCCAUUCAUCUGACCUGUUGAGGCACCAGCCAAUUCACACGGGAGAGAGGCCAUUCAGCUGCUCCAAGUGUGGGAAGGGGUUCACUCAGUCAUCCACCCUGCUGAGACACCAGUUAGUUCACACUGAUGAGAGACCUUUUAAAUGCUCAGAUUGUGAGAAGUGUUAUAAAAGUUCCCGGGAACUGAUGUCCCAUCAACGUGUUCACACUGACGAGAGACCAUUCAGGUGUUCCCACUGUGGGACUGGGUUCAGGCAAUCAUCUCAACUCACUAAACACCAGCGAAUUCACACUGGGGAGAGACCAUUUACCUGCUCCCGGUGUGGGAAGGGAUUUACUCAAUCAUCUAACCUUUGGAAACAUCAGCGAGUUCACAAGUAAAUACAAUGAUUAUAUUUUCCUGUUGCACUUUGUUCAUUUGGAAUCUGUUUCUGCUGAUGUUAAUUAAAUCCAACCAGGUACAGUGGUUAAUGUUCUAAUUUAGUUUGUAAAAAUUAGCUUUGCAUUAAACCCACAAUGUGGUGAAUCAUCUUAA